AUGUGCCUUCCACUGGAGUCAGGCUGUUUUCCGCAAGGUAAAUGCUUAUUAUUAUCAUUAUCAUGGUUACUAUUGCUAAUCUAGAGGACUUGCAGGGAUACUGUUAUUCACACACUAAUGUGCAUUGAUUGUAAUACAUUCUGAGAGAUUUCUUCUGAGAUCUCUAAUAAGUGUCUUUUUUUUUCUUUCGUCAGAUCCAGUUCUUUGGUCUUGUAAGAGAUUAUCAAGACCAUGCAGUCCACCUCUUUCUCAAGAAAUUGAUGGCACUCCCCUACCUACCAUCAGAAUACACUGUUCCAGUAUUCAAUUCCCUGAGGAACGAAAACAACGACCCCGUAAUAGAGGAGCUUAUGACCUAUGUACACAGUACAUGAAUUGAAAGUACCAAUUGGAAGCCAUCUGCCUGGUCGGUGUUUAGAAGGUUUGUUACCCUCAGUUUAAUAUAAGAGUGUUUAUGAAAUCAUAGAAACGUUUUGCAACUACUUUGACAAGCAUAUAAAUUAAAAAUUAGUCAUCUCCCAUUCUACCUCCUACACAAUGAGGCCAUAUUGACAAAGCUACAAGUAAGACUGGUUUCGGAGGAGAAGCUAACAAGAAUGCAAAGGCAAAAAAUCUAA